AAAGGGAAGAAUGGUUUGACAUUGUUUGUGAAAGGCGAAGACUUGAACGCUUCUAUACAAAGAUUAAGCAACCGUUUUCCAAUAUUUUCAGUCCAUACACCGUUGCUGUGUGUACCUUAGUGAAAGUAAAAGAUUUGAAAGUGAAGAAAUCUUAAGAGUUAAGUGAUCUCUUUGUGGCAGUUUGAAUACUUGACUAGUGGAUUACUUGGCACGUAGAUGGAUAAUAUAAUCAGAUCGUUCACUUCUGGUUUCUCUAAUGUAAUAAGUAAUCUUUUCACCUCUCCACUCGAUUUUCUUGCUGGAAAGUCUUGCAGUUCAGUUUGUGGGCCAAUAUGGGAUUUUAUUUGUUACAUCGAAAAUUUCUGCAUUUCAAACCUUUUGAAGAUGGCCAUGGUGCUGGCUCUGUUCUACAUGGUGCUCUUAUUCUUGUAUCUGCUGUACAAACUGGGUAUCUGCGAGUGUGUUGUUCGUAGCCUCUGCAAAACGUUAUGGGCAUGCUUGGUUUCUUGGCUCUCCUUGUGGGAACACUGUUGCUUUUUCUUGUGUGAUACUUCUACAGUGCUCAGAAGGAUAAGCCACCGCCACCGCCGCAAAAGAGACUUCAGCAGUGAUGAGUUAGAUACAAGCGAAGACGAUUGUGGGUAUGAACUCAGCAGAACCACGGAGAUGAGGAGGUCACUGUCUAGAGAAAUGAGGGAGCACAGGAGAGUCCAUCGCCUGAGGAAAUCUUUGAGGCCGAGAAGUCAUCGGAUUCGAGUUGGGUUUAGAAAAGAAUCCGAGUUUGGUAGAUAUGGCAGAAAUUAUCAACUUCAUAAUAAGCAUAGAAAUCAUAUUAGUACAGUUCAUAAUAUUAGGGUGAUUCGCUCGUCAAUGUUUGCUAGGAAAGGCAUGAAUCUUAGGCCAAAGGUUUAUUCAAGAUUCAAUUCGAUCAAUGUGCAACAACCAAGAGAGGAAGACGUACUGAUUUGGAAUGCAUUUGAAAAUUAAGAGAGUUUGUCUCACGGCAAUGGCUUUAUACAAGAUUGGAACAUUGGAAUAAGCUGGAAAAAAAAA